CAAUCGCAGUUACAAAACCACUGAAGUUUAGAAAAUGAGGACCAGCCACCCACAAUACACAAUUAUGGUGGAAUUCAUGGAAAAGCAUGGAGACUUGUCUAAACCCAGCGGAGGCCCUCGUGGUAGACACUAUGUACAGCUAAAAUGGAAGGAGCUUUCGGAUAUGCUCAAUAGUGAUGGCACAGGCGACUCUAGAACAGAGGAAAAGUGGCGAAAGGUUUGGAGUGAUUUCAAAAACAACGUGAAACGAAAGUGGGCCAAAAUAAAUAGGUCAGCUCAUGGUACAGGUGGUGGGCCUGCGCUUCAAUUAACAUUAACCGACUUAGAAACCAGGGUUAUGAAUAUAAUUGGGGUGCAGGCUGCUACUGGAAUGCCCAUACAAGAAGCUGGCUUCAUACAGGUGUGAUUAAGAAUUUUUCUUUGUAACAUUUAAAAUGAGUUUAGUUUCAAUUUUUGAUGCACAUAAUUAUACAGUCACAAGCAAAGAUAAUUAUGUUUAUUUAAAUAGUUACUAAAAUUAUAGUUUUUACCUCAGACUGAUAUAAGUCAAGUGUUCAACUUUUGGAUUGUGUACUCAUCAUAUUGCUCAUGACUGGACAUAUAGUAUAUUUUCAUAGAAAUACAAUAAGCUUGGUAACCAUUGAAGAAUUAUGUGAAUAUGAUAUUCCUAAACGGGAAUGGUCAAAUGGUUUGAAUGUGGUCAAAAGUUUUCUCUAUGAGAAGGACCUACCUCUUUAUAAAUCCCCAGAAUAACAAAAAAGGGUCACCACUUAAGCUCUUUUUUGUCAGUAUAGUUACACUUAAAAUUCUUUUGCAGUGGUGCAUGACUUAAUCUCAUGCUUUUGUUUUUACCACAUUAUUUAUUUGAAUUAUGAUGCUUGUUAGUCUCUUGAAGUUUGAUGUUAUCUGCAUUAUUGAUUAUCCUCAAGAGCAGACUUUUGAUAAAAAAAUAAACAUAAGUAGUAGUUAGCACUGCUUUGAAACAUAUGAUGUGUGUUCCCUAAUGUAAUUUUUUAUGAAAAUUAGGUUGAUGUUGAAGAGGAAGAGAGCUUGUCAGGUACUCAUCCACAAGAAACAAACACAAAAACAAUAAGUGAAGUUAAUGUUGAUGACAUACCUAUAAAACUAACACCCGUUGCUGACGGUUGGUAUAUUUUUAAUUUAAAUACUUUAGAUUACCUUUUGAGUUUGAAAUAACUAGUACUAAAUGAAUUAUAAUUCAAUCAUUAAAACUAAAAACUAACACAUUAAGUCGAGAUAACUACCUAAAUGCCCAUCAUUUUGCCAGAUACUUGGAAUACUCCGGGAACAAGUAGCCAACGCUCAAUCGCUCCACCUCCACCUCCCGCGCAUCCACUACCACCUUCAAUAGCUUCAAUCGACACACAUUGGAAGCCGCCGAAGAAAAAGAAGAAAGCCGACGAUGAAAUUUUAAAAGUAUUUAAGGAGUGUGAGGGGUCCGCAAGGCAGUAUGAAAGAGAGCGUGAUCGAGUUGCGGAAGAAUUAGAAAGAGAGAGGAUUAGACAGCGUGAUGUAGAGCUGCAGUUGCAAGCUAAAUGGCUGGAUUUUUUUAAAGAAGCUUUGAAGGUAUUGGAUGCAUAUUUGGCGAAUAAAAGUGUAUAAAAUCGGACAUUAUUUGUUUCGCCAAAUAUGCAACUAAUAGUAAGUUAUUUGG